AAGGUUCCACUUGGAAUAAUAUUUAAAAAUGAAAACGCAAACGAAGAUAUGCUAGAAAUCCUGCAGCAGUUUUACACCUACCUCCCAAGUGACGGCCAUGAAUCAGUUGACCCACAACUAUUUUGUGGAGAUCAACUGACAGUAGAACGCACAGUGAAUGUCACCGCAUCAGUUGCCAAUGGCCACACCCCAGAAGAUCGCCUGGAGGGAAUGAACUUCCAAAUUGGAGACUGGCACGCAGGAGUGAAAAUUUUGUCUGUAAGCUUUGAAGAUAACUAUAGAAAAUUUUAUUUGUUUCUUGGUUGGUUUUGUUACUGCCUUAAAACUUCAUCUAUUUCCUUUAAAAUGUAACCAACACCAUCAUAAACCUCUUGCAGUUCGCAUGUACAUUAUUUAUUAGGGUAAAAUGCUAAAAUGCUGCCUAUCACAUAAUUAUUGCAUUCCUUUUUUUGCUGCCUGUAUCAGUGCAAAGCCAGUAGUAUCUUACACUGAUUAUGCAUGUACUUGCUUUUGUUUUUGUUAAAAUAUAAUACUGGUUAAAAAUUUCCAAAUCAGUUUUAAGACAAUUAAAAGGAAUGCUAUGACAAUUCUGCAACUUAAAAUUAAACAACAUAUGAAACACCUGCCAUGUUAUGAAAUGUACAACAUUAUCUGCUUUUAAAAUGUUUGCUCAUUUUCUAUUUCUAUUCAUAGCUUGUCUUCAAAAGGUUCUUUACAGGAAAGUCAGAGGGAGACUGCUGUACCUUGUACUCUGAUCGUACGCUCAUCAACCGCCGUAACGUGAAAGCAGAACCUCAAAGUGCCUAUCGCCCAGACAGAGAUUUUCUGGAAAUUGUGAUCAAAUCAAGAGUCAUUGCCGCAGCAAUGUUACAACUUGGUUUUACUGGGAAAUGCAGCCAACCAAGCAAGUUUACCUUACCUGAUAAUUUGCACAAACAAAGUAAACUUAGCAAACUGCAGUACUUGCAUAAUGCUGCAGCACUGAUUGUGGACAAGUUUGUUUUUGAUGACAAGUCAGUUAAUAAGCUUCUUGAUCAGAUCUUGACUGUGCAACAAAGACAAGGUACUGCUGAUGAACAGCCCCGAACAGCAAAUGGACGAUUUCCAUGCAGGUUCCCUGGUUGUGAGUUCCCCUUCAGAUAUGAUGGUGCCAGUAGGAGAAGACAUGAAGCAUCACACAAUCCUCAACCUCUCACUUCAGAUGAAGCAUGUAUAGCUAAUGAUUCUAGUGAAGCAGUGAUUUCCAAUGGUCAAAGUACAACUGAUGAAAGUGGUGAUGAUGUAUUCAGUUACAACUGUGCCCUAUUGGCAGACGGCUUAUUCUUUCUUAAUUUCUUGGAUGCAGGUAAGGAAGGAGACGGUAUAAGAUUAAUGCGUCAGUACCGCUAUAUGUUGCUGUAUUGCCGAGCAGAUGGCCAUAGCAGCAACAAAUAUGCGCUGGAGUGUUUGUUCCAGUCCUUUUGUGCCGACUCACUGUUAUCUCCACGAGACCGUGAACGGUUUGUUUGGAACCGAUCUGUCAACAACAGAGGAGGGAGAGGAAGUAACAUUCCACAUGAUUUAGAAGUGGGGCACAGCAACUUAUUCAAUAAAGGGGCCGUAAAAAAUCUAGGCCCAAAUGUGACAGACAAAGCAGUUGAGCGAAUUUCGCAUUCUGAAAAUGGGACAACAGAAAUGUCAGGUGUUGUUGAUCAAGACAUUAAACGUAUACGUAGUUCUGGGCAGCACACUAGCAGUUCAACUGAAAGAGAUCUGGAUGAACUUGUCAAACGAGCUUUGGAAUCUGAUGUGUUUACAUUUUCACCUAACCGAAGGUAUCAGCACUUUACAAACUUUGAGCGGGAUCCCUUUAAGAACCUGGACAUGACU